AUGGAAGAACUGACCCAGCAUACCAUUCCCUUUACUAAGUUCAUUCAUCAUUCAGCACGCGGAUUCAAAACUUGGCAAGAGCUUUGCACAGACAUCCGAAGAGAGGUUCUCCAAGCACAAUCCUCAACGGAAAUUGCCUGCACUUCGGUUUCCCCCGACUGGGGCCCAGUGAUUGUUCACUCGCUAGACGAGGACGGCGACAUCGAACGCUUGAACGCCGCCAUGAACUACAACUCUGUCACAGAGACCUUGCUAGCCAAAGUUAUAUCUACCCGUCUCUUUGCAUGUCAUUUUAACUGGAUGCGUAUCCAGGAAGGCGACUGGCGCAGGAAGAAUCUUGUCAUUGACGGUCACAUGCGUCUUCUCACAGUAUUGGCAAACGCCACCCAUGGGCGAUUCGAGGCCCCGUACUCGGGUUCGAGGAAGACACCCACCUUCUGUAUGUGUCCAGACAAUCGAUACCACCCCUCAUUCGUAAUCGAGUGCGGAGAUACCGAGUCCAAAGAGCGGCUCCUGGAAGACAUGAGACUCUGGCUUAUCGGUGCCCGUCCAUUUAUCAAGGUCAUUCUGAUAAUCAUAUAUGCUCGCAGAGGCAACACCAAUCAAGUGGAAGGCAGAGCUGAACUCUACGUUCGAGACGCAAAUGGCGACCCAGUCCUCCAGGAAGAAGCAGUGCGUUGUCUGCCCUUACUAUUGCUGACCAGGGCUCAUCAUGAUAAUAGACCAUCUUUCCUGCGACUCAGUCUGAGUGCUCAGUUGGGAUCAGUGCCGGAGAUCUCUUCGGCCCAGUUCUCCCAGAAGGUCUGCAAGCCGACACAGUUCUCCCCCUUGAGCAUCGAUAUCCUUCGAAAGGAGGCUCGUGAUGCAAUGGUGCACAUGGACUUGGUGCCUGCAACUUAG